AUGUUUGCUGUAGAAACCACAAGUGCACAAACCAAGAACAUUAUUAAUAAGACCAAAUACAUCAAAAAUCAAACACCAAUGGCAGAUAGGCUUGACAGAAAUUAUUUUGGUGUAGAUCAGGAUUAUUAUGAGAAAAUACCACUUCUAAUUAAUGACUUACAAGAAAGCUAUACAGAUUUACUUGAUGUCCCUGUACCAUUAUCUAAAAAAAAAUAUAGAUCUACUAUUGAUUAUUUUAGACCUACAACAUCUACUGUUACAAACAAGUUCAUAAGAAGAACUAGUCCAAGACCUUUUAUUUUUGAAUAUAAAAGUCCAUACCCGAUGCCGUUCUCCAAAACGACUACAAACUCAAAGCUGUGGCUGGAUCAUUAUCGUAACAACCAGAGGUUAAAAAAUCUGCGAGAUGUUAUAAAAUAUCUAGAAAAAACCUUGAAUGCGAAAUUCAGUGACUUUUACAUGCCAAGUGAUGAAGAAAUGGCUUUUUCAGAACUUUACGUAAGACCAGUUCGAAAUGACAAUAUUAAUUCAGGUGUUGGCUCUGAUUAUGUACAUCAAAAAUUAGAAAAAGAUAGGUUACGGCAGAACCACUAUAUUGAUCCUUUAUUUGGUUUUAAGCCAGAUAGCCCAGGAGAUAUAAACUUAUUGGCGGAUGGAUUAAGAUUUGCACCAUCUGUAAAGUCACUCGAUGAAAUUAAUAUGAAUGUGCCUAUCGACUCUGCACCUGGAAAUGAACAUACAAAUUGUAGAUAUGGAAGAUGUUUUCAAUACAACAGAAAUAUACCAAAAAAAUAUUUUACACCAAAUUCUGAAGGUUUUAGAAGUACGCCACUAUCAAUAUUAAACAAUAAGCCAAACGUGUUUUAUAGUCAUAUGCCUAAUUAUUUCUCAACUCCAAAGUUUCGGCAACCUUCACCAGAAAUUAAAAAUGAACUUGAUAAAAUUUAUAUAACUACAUCAAGACCUAUCUUAUUUCAGUUUAGACGCAAGUCCAAUUUACCCAUUAGACGGAAUUCACAUAGAAACAAAAGCCCUAGAAUUCUUGAUGAAACAAAGAAAGUGUACUUUUCUUCUUCAUUUAGUUACGAUCAAAACGAUACUAUAUCUAGUUCUAAUGUAUAUUCAUCGUCGAUAGAAGAUAAGAUUCUAACAGAUUUAAGUACUUCAAGAACUGACAGAGAAAGUCCUAACUUAAAACUACAAGAUACAUUAGAAAGGGAUUUUAUUACCAAUAUUCCUAAGGUAAACUUACCACGUGUGGAAGAUUACCAUAUUGGUAGCUCGGGUGUCAUAACUAUUGGAACUAGUGCUCCCCAAACAUAUUCUAUCGUUACACCUGUAAUGCCUCUACGUCCAAAUACUGAAUCAAUAACUAAUCCUCCCGAUAUCAUUAAGUUUAGUCCAGAAGACGCCAAAAUACCAGAUCAGUACCUGAACCUAGGUAUUUCUAAUUUAGACGAGGUCACAGAAAGUGACACUUUAUGGAGUAAUUUCGAAACUAGUAAGAUUAGUAACGAAGAAACCGAAGCUAAGACGUUAAUUGUAAAACUAAGGAAUAUGAUUGAAACCACAACAAAGGAUAGUUCAAAUGAACCAAACCAGAACGAGUUUGUUGCAACAACUGAAGAAGGUACAGAGUCUACAACAUGGACCUACGUUCCAACGAUAAACGGGCAUUACAGAAAUUUAAAAAAUAAAACAUUGAUUUUGUUACAAGAAAACUCCGAAAAAUAUAGAAAAAAGAGACUCGAAAAUUUAUUAUCGAUUCGAAACUCGACAUAUGUUCCUAUGUACGUGGAGAUUAUAAGAAAUAGAAAUGCUACUAUGAAUGGUGACAAUAAU